AUGUCGUCCAAGUCGUCAGUGAAAAGUUCGCUGUCGUUCGUUUCAUCUGCGGGGGAGACGCUCGCGUCCAGCUACGGCACCCGUUCUUCCAGCAACCACCGACGCAGGAAUGCCGGACUGACGGAGCCACGCGUGGCACCUACGCGGAUGACGGCCUUCGAACGCCUCCAGUUGAUUCGCAACGCCGUUACGCGGCUUCAGGACGUGCGGGAGCGGGCGCUGCAUAUGUCGUCGCUCGAUCAAGCCGGCGGCAGCGUCGUCGAGGAGUUCUUUGAGCAGCUCUCCCACGCCAUCCUUCGGUGGUUUCAUAACCACGAAACGGCCGGCACCGCCAAGGAUAGCGGUCCAAGGCAGCUGCGCGCCAUUCGCGAAGAGGUGUUAAAGAUGCAGAAGUUAGCCGAGAAGGCGUUGGAUGCGGCCAGCCCGGAGAAGAGCUCCGAGGCCGUGCACGUUUACAAGAACCUUAAUCACGGCCUCAUUUCGAACGCCCUAGACAGCCUUCGGGAGCUAGAGGAGCUGCUCAGCCACCGGCCGGAGGAGCUGCUUACGCGCGUCAACAUGGGCCUUCUCCAAGAUCAGGUCGCCGUCCAUAUCAACGACUUUGACGCCUUCACAAAAGUCCACCUUAAGGCGAUGAUGCAGGAGAUGCUCAAUGAGGGCGUCUUCUACAGUGCGCCCGUCAUGAGCGAAUCCUCGCAGCGCGCCAGUUCGGCGGGGAUCUUCUCUGCGGUGCUACUCGACGUCGUCGUGGGCGUCCGCCCUGCUAGCAGCGCGCGAAUGGUGCUGGAACACGCGAAGGUGAACAUCCAAAAGGUAGAAAAUCGCAUCCUAGUCGCGAAUAAGGCCCUAGGGGGUUUGCAACCAAGCAGUAGCAGCUUCGAUAUCCGAGCAGCCACGAACAAGGAAAGCCAGCUCCGAGCGUACACCGUGAUGCUCGACAGCAUUAGGUCCGCCCUCAAUGAGCUCAACCAGCUACAGAGCCGCUGGGAGGGGGAGGAGGACGGCAUUUUCAACGCCGCCGCCUCCGGGGAUUACGACCUCGACGUCCUGAUGCAGACGAAGUCUUUGAAAGAGACGGAGAUCGUCGAGGAGGCGCGGCGUAUUCACGACGCCAUCCACCACACCUGCUUGCCCUUUGCCUCGCCGCAGUACCACCGGCGCUGCGCGGAGACGUAUGGCCAGCCCUGCCACGUUCGCAUCGCCCUGCACUUCACCGCGAAGUCGCAGCCCUCGCUGAAGCUCUUCACGAUGAAACCGCAGUUCGCGUCUCUGAUGGCGAAGCUCCACAUCCCGGCGGAGGCGCACCGGCGCUACGCCUACCUCGCGCCCAGCAAGGAUGAGCUCUGGCUGUCGUUGGGGGAGUUUCCGGAGAUGGUGAAGGGCGCGCGGUGUGCGCUGCGCGACGUGCACCCCCAUCUCGACCACACCCGGGCGCUGGAGGAACAAAAAGAGGUGGGGGGCUACUUUGUGAUGCGCGGGAAUGAGCGUAUUCUUCGGCUGCUCCUCAUGCAGCGGAGCAACGUCGCGAUCAACAUCGAGCGCGAGCGGUUUGAACAUCAGGGGCCGAACUUUUUGCCGAAGGCCGUGCUGAUUCGAAGCAAGCGGCCCAGUGGGAUCACAACUCAGAACUACUUUUAUUAUACUUCUGUCGGCGAGAUGGUGUUUAGCUUUGCGCGGAAGGUUAUUUGGCAUAUCCCCCUUCCCUUACUCCUGUUCUCGACCAGCACCCAAAGCGUCUCUUCACUGGAGCUUUACCGUCUGUUGACGAUCGGCAUGCCGGAGGGUAACCACCUCGCGCGGGCCGAGGUCUUAAUUCAGCAACACCUUAAAAAGUCCUACAGUAGUUUUACGAAUUACCUUGACUUUAUGAGCGUGCUUGGACGGAUGUACCGCGAGUAUCACCAAAACUCCAACGCCUUUCACUUUCUCCCGCAGUUCGCGCGUGGGGGGGAGCAGCCGCAGCACGACGCCUGGUAUGGUAUGUUUCUCCUUAGACGGCAUUUGCUCCCGCAUCUCAACAACGACGUCGCGACGCCGGACCUCUCCCCAGACGCCGACAGCGAGGCGCUACGGGAUUGGCUGCCGCGCGAGCUGCUCGACGAGCUCGACCGCAAGUUUGACGCGCUAAUCGCGAUCACGCGGCAGCUCUACCUCUUCAUCGACGGGCAGCUCGCCCACCAGGGCAACGACACCCCGGCCUACCAGGAGCUCUUUACCGUUUCGCAGGUGCUCAUGGGCGCCUUCGAGGUCUGCCUGAACCGCUUUUUCCGGGUCUUCUCGCUUCACUUCGGCCGCCACAUGCCGGUGAGUUUGCUUCGGACGGUGCUCGGCGGGCUUGGCGGGUUGAAGGCGGGCGAGGCGGCCGAGGUGAUGCGGCGGCUGCGGGAGUACGCGGCGUACUCCGCCCGCCACAGCGCCGCCGAUCCGCUGGAGCCGCUCCACCGCUUCCUUGUCACCGGCAACCUCAACCUCGAUCGCGAGGAAGACUUUUAUUACCCCCAAACGAGCGGCUGGGUGGUGGCGGCGGAACACCUCAACUUCUACCGCUUUUUCGAGCAGCUCCGCUGUGUGCACCGCGGCCGCACCAUCGCCGGCAUGCGCUCCAGCGAGGUCCGGAAGUACUCCUGCGAGUCUUUCGGCUUUAUUUGCAUGGUGCACAGCCCCGACGGGGAGGACUGCGGGGUGCUCAACCAUCUCAGCAUCUCGACCAUCAUGUCGGACGCCUUUGACGCCUCCGCGCAGUCCGCGCCGCGGCGGCAGAUCGACGGGUGGGUGGCGGAGGUCCUCCCGACCCUGCGCCGCCGCCGUGCGGGCGCGUCGCUGCUCGAUCAGCUCGUGGCGACGGUCCCCGUGUGGGUGGAGGGGGAGCUGCGGGGGUACGUCGCCGCCGACGAGGCGAGGGGUGCCGCCGAGGAGCUGCGUCGCCGCAAAGCCAUCACGCAGCGCGCGCUCGUCGACGCGAACGGCCUCAUGCGGCGCCGGGAGGUGUCCGUGUUGCACACCCUGGAGGUGGUAUACGUGGCGCCCGGGGAGAAGGAUCCCGCGGGGCUUUUCCUCUUCUACGGCAGUGGGCGCCUCAUGCGGCCGGUUCAGCGCAUUGAGACGGUCUCCCCCUCAUCCACGGCGUCGCAGGAACGGACGUUAGCCUUUCCCCUCGUUUACGUUGGCAUGUGGGAGCAAACGUGGUUGGAUAUCGCCAGCGUCCCGAGCGAUCCCCUCGAUGCUGUUACUCAGCUCAAUCGUAAGUUCACCUACAUGGAGCAGUCCGGGAGCAACAUCGUCUCGUUCACCAGUGCGACGAUUCCUUUUUUCGAGUACAACUGCUCGCCGCGGAAUCUGUUUCAGUGCGGUCUCAGUAAGCAGACGGCGGGGACGCAGUUGCAGGCCCUGGGCUGGCGGAAGGAGGCGAAGCUGUUUCGCAUGUAUAGCCCCCAGCGCUACCUCUCGAGGACGCUUCCCAUGGAUUACUACCACCUCGACGACGUGAACCUCGGAGUGAACGCGGUGGUGGCGAUUUUGGCGUACACCGGCUACGACAUGGACGAUGCGGUGAUUCUGAACAGCACCGCCUCCCAGCGAGGGAUGCUGAACGCGGGGGUUACGAUCGCCAAGAUCGUCAACGCCUCCGGCCGCGGCGAGAAAGACGACGUCUUUGUCUUUCACAAUCUCGUCAACGCUGAGACCAGGGAGCUGUUUAGCACGGAGUUGCGGCCGAAUGGGCUGCCCUUGCCGCGCGCGAACCCCGACGCGCCGGAGUUCGACUGGACGGACCACAGCUACCCCUCCCUGAGCGACCACACGCCGGUGUACUGCUGUGCGAAGCGGGUGGGGCAGCUCAACCCCCUUACGAACCGCGUCGAGUAUGUCUACACGCAGCACCAGGCGACGAAGUGGCAGCACUUCGACCGCGGCGAGCGGGCGUGGGUGCAUCAGGUGAUCCCGCUCGCCUACGACGGGCCGGAUCCGGUGAGCGCGCUGAUGAUCUUCCGCAUCCCGCGCCCGCCCGCGGUGGGCGACAAGUUUGCCUCCCGCCACGGGCAAAAAGGGACGCUGCCGCUGCAGAUCCGCGACCACGACCUCCCCUUCUCCACCCGCACCGGCAUCACGCCGGAUGUGAUCAUCAACCCCCACGCCUUCCCCUCCCGGAUGACGGUGGGGAUGGUGCUGGAGGGGAUGACGGCGAAGCUCGCCGCGCUGGAGGGGCGGUUCAUCGACAACAGCCCCUGGGCGGUCGUCGACGAGCGGCCGCGGGUCGCGGAGGUCAUCGGGGAGGCGCUCGCGAAGGCGGGGUUCAGCCGCCACGGCCGGGAGCCCCUGAUCGAUGGGAUCAGCGGGGAGGAGAUGGAGGCGGAGGUCUUCGUCGGCCUCUCCGGCUACCAGCGGCUGCGGCAUAUGGUGAACGACAAGUGGCAGGCCCGCGCCCGCACCGACGCGCACACCCACCGCGCCGUCACGAAAACCGGGCAGCCCGUGAAGGGGCGGAAGCGGCAUGGCGGGGUGCGGGUGGGGGAGAUGGAGCGCGACGGGCUCCUCUCCCACGGCGUCAGCGAGGUCGUGGUGGACCGCCUGAUGCACGUCUCGGACAAGACCCGCGCCUUCAUCUGCGUCCAGUGCGGCGGCCUCCUCUCCAUCUACGAGCGCUACGCGUCGGAGUACGCGACGUGGAAGACGUGCCGGUUCUGCGGCGCGGGCGCCGACGAGGGGUCGGACCGCGUGGCGAUGGUGGAGAUCCCGCAGGUGCUGCGGCUGUGGGCGUCGGAGCUCACCAGCAUCGGGAUUCGCGUCGUCCUCAAAACUUCGUAG